AUAUUUCUUUUGCUUUACCUUGUUUUAAAUUUUUUUUCAGUACAAAUAUAGGACAUCAUAAACAUGUGCAAAACAUGUGUAGAGCAUCGCUUGGAAGGGGAAUCGAGCGCUAUUUCCUCGCGACUGUGAGCAAGGACCCAGGGGCCAUCAUAAUGACUACAAACGCGUGAGCCUAUAGACCGUUUCUCGACUACGAAGAGAACCACUGCUUCUUGAAUCUAACUAAUUCUCGGAUUAAUGAUCCACUUUCUGACUCAUGGGCGGGUCCAUCCGCAGGAAGGAUUACUCAUGCAUUUCAACAUGGGCCGGAGGAGUGGCGCAUAGAUACAGUUUGACGAGACGCCGUAAGACGCGUGCGCCCGGCGAAUAGUCGCGAUCGGCGAGAGUGUGUUCGUCGACGAGCACGACGCGGGCGGAAUCGCCGGCUGCUGCGGUGCUCGGGCGUGGUUUUUCACGUCGUCGCGGUACGCGCCGUUGCCCGGCCAGAGGGGUAGGGAGGAGGGGAGGGAGACAGAAGGUGCACCUGGAUCUCGAGGGGGGCGUCCUUCCUCCCCAUUCCCCCGCUACAGCCAGUCAGCCUGAGUCAGGCAGCGACUAUCGACGAGACUAGAGGUAUAUGCGCGGUGUCGCGCAUCGCCGGUCGCCGAUCCUGUAGUCACUGUGAAAGCCGACGAAGAAUCGGCGCAUUUGGCGAUCAACGGAUACCACGAGUUAAAUGGCACGUUGCACCGCGGUGACGUCACCAUACGAACGUCACGGGGUGAGAUCAUCAUCGAAGGCAUCGUCGUCAUCGUUGAACCACAUUAUGAUACUCAUGAGACUGUAAUUUCAACGAAGAUGUCUCAGACAACUAGCAAGACUUCUCUUCAGGAACGUAAGAUGAAAAAUUGAACAAUCUGAGGCGUAGGGAUCGAUGCCAUGCAGGUCCGUCUGGAUGGAAAGCUGGCGUUGCUGUAUACUCUAUUGGUCUUGCAAGUUCUGAUUGUUAUGAUCUAUGUCGCCACAACCCCGCCGGCCGAAUUAGCUGCGUCAACGACUCGCGCAUCCGUCAGUUUCGUCAAGUUCGAGGCGUCGCAGGAGCUGCACGUGAAUCAGGGCAAUCGCAAAAAAUCACCAAUUUAUCAGACAAUCAAUGGAGAGAUAACGCUGAAGGAUGUCAAGACGUUUAAGCUGUUUGAGGUAUACAAUCAUACCGUAUGCUGGAAGUAUGGAGUGAACCAGCGUAAGAUGAAGAGCAAUGAGCAUCUGGAAAGAUGCAUCUGCAAUCAAGGUUGGCAUGGCUUGGACUGUGGACAACCAGAAGUCGUGUGGAGGGCGAUUAUGGCGUCGAAGCAGAACGUUAGUCUGAAACGUCGCAAAACCGCUAGGCACGUUAUUCACACCUUUUUUUUGAGCGACUACAACUCUGCGAUCGCCGAGGUGAUAGUGGAGGAACUCUACAAUGUGGUAGACCUUUUUGUAAUAUGUGAUUUCAACAACGCCGAAGAUAAUUUCCGGCACAAGCUAUCCAAGGGGUUGCUGCAGCGGGAGCAAAAAAAGAUCUUGUACAUCAAUGUGACAACCAAGUCUCGUAAACCAUCUAGGACAGUAUCGAAAUACGUCUGGGAUAAGAUCAGGGCUGUGGUGCAGAAUUUAAGGGACGACGACAUCUACGUGACGACGGAGCCGGAGCAGAUACUAAAUUCCAGAGCAUUAAUGUUCCUCAAGGUAUACGACGGUUGGCCUCAGCCCAUCGGAUUUAGAUUAAGAUGGUCGGUAUACGGCUUCUUCUGGCAACAUCCACUCAAGACAACGAUCAUGCUCGGCGCUUACACCGUCGGUUUGAUGCGCAACGCCUAUCAGUCCAAUUCCCUUGUCCUGCGACAACAAUUGGACGGAGACACCAGCGAGAGAGAUAUUUUAGGAUUAGUCAUAGGGGAUUUGAAUCACUACGGCGGGUGGUACUGUAAUCUGUGCCAGGCGCCCGCAAACAUUAUUAUCGGUCUUCGCAAUAAAGUCCAGUCUAAGGAGAUUUAUAUCGAGAAGACUAUCGACGUGCCGUUCGUCGAGGACCUAAUAGGUAGCGGACUGUGGUUAGAUGGUAAAACCGGUCUUCUAAGAGUCUCUAAGUCCAGCGAUUCCUAUUUCGCGCCAGAAACAAUUCUCAAUAAUACAUGGAAGUACGACUGGCUGGUAGAGAAUUUUUACGCUAAACUAGAUUACUACUGACGUACUGGUCGCACCCGACUGUGAUAUUAAUUCAUACUCAAUAUUCAUUGUAUAUACACUAAUGUAAUAUUAUACUGAAUUUAUACACUAAAAUAUUAUGUUGACGAAAUAUAAAUGUUAAAUGGUUUAUACAUACAA